AGAUUUGGCUCCAGGUGGCGCAAAGAGUCCACGCUCGAUUCGGUGGUGAGUUCUGGUAUGGAAGUCUUGAUUUUCGGGUAGGGCAAAAUACCAGGUGGAGCAUGACCUGCGGUGCCACACCACAAGGCAGUCUCGCAGUGAGAUGGGCGCCUACAUCGCCGGGUUCUUGCGGAAUUGGGUCCAGGUGUUCCUGAAACACUGUGGCAACAAUGACUACCUUCUUGGCACCCUGGCUGCUUGUGCCAUGACCUCGGUCGCCGGCGUGGUCCGCGACGGAGCGGCAUGGCUGUUUCAAGCGAUCGUCAUCUGGGUGCAAAGACGGCUGUGGGUGUCGGUGCGGUUGGAAGAGAAGGACUCGGAGCUGGUCUUGGCGUGGCUGCGGGAGCGGCCGGAGGUGCAUCGAUCUUCACAGCUGUCCCUGUUCAGCCAGAAGACAGCGCAGACACGGGUUUACGAGUACGAGCCUGAGAUCCAGGUCACCACGCGGCUGUGCAGCAGGACGAAGG